UGCUACAUUAAGGACAUGAGAGUGGUGUUUUCUGAAGAGGUUCACACAGGCAAGCGAUGUGACUCGUUGUUCAGCCUGCGCACAUUUCUGGACGUGAGAGACUCGGAGCUGUUCAUUUCAGUCUGCUCCGCUCUGAGCUCUGCCAGGCAGCAGCAGGACGCUGCUGGGAGGAGGGGUGCUAGAGAGCCGCUGCUGUGCGAAGCUUCAUGGUGUCCAACGUCAGCAGCACAAAUCCCUGCCGAGGUCACAGGUCACAAAACAGAAAACAUGGCGGCUUCCACUAAAAUGACCGUGGUCCUGAAAGCUGUGAAGAAAAUAACAGUCCAGUUCUGUCCAUUUGAAUCAAAUGUCGGGUCAACACGGAUGUUUCUGUCCGUGAUGAGCUCACAUAAGGUCCGAUCUACCAACUUGAAUUGUGAGGUGAUAUCCACAGUGAAGCAUGACAAGUCUGAACCCAUAGUGGAAAUUACUUACUUGGACGGAGAUAAGCUGAGGUUGAAGGGAGCGAAGUUGAACAGCAGCGAGAUGCUGAGUGCGUUUCAGUCGAUGUGCGCAGCAAAGGAACAACAGGCCAAACUUGCAGCAGCAAAGAAAUAAUAAUUAUCGUCAUGUUAAAUAUAUGUGUUGAAUAUAUCUGUAUGUGAGCUUUGUAUAUUCCUGGAUGUGUAUUAUUGAAGUAUUUCAUAUAAAUGUGGUUGUUUGUUA